GUAUCAAUCAGAGAGAAGGGAGGACAGACAGGAAAAGUGGAGCAGGCAUAACGCGGAGACAAAAAGCGAUAGAUAGCAUCUAAAUAUCUGAUCUCCGAGAAAACUAAAACACAGUAGAAAUGGCAUAUUUUAAAUGUAUAUGUUUAAAACCGCAUUGUUGGUCAUAGUUUUGGGAUUACUUUUGACACUGGUGAGUCUUGUCCCGUUGUAAACAUUGACGUGCGCAUUUUUGCUGUGCUUGCUGCGUGGACGGAGUUGUAGUUCCCCGUCUGGAGGAUCAGCCCUUAGAGACAUGAGUGACAGGAGACGAUCUGCCGCUGCUCUAAGCUCGAGAGCGCACGCUUUUUCGGUGGAAGCCCUAAUCGGGUCAAACAAGAAAAGAAAGCUCCGGGGCUGGGAGGAGAAGGAGCUAGAGCUGUCUAUGGAAAGCCUCGCUACCAACGGACAAUUAGGAGACGGAGAAGACCCGGCGCAUUGUCUGGAUAUCGACCCUGAUUCAGAAGCGAGCCCCGGUUCUGACGGUGAAGGUCUGGCGGAGAGAACCUCUUGCUCUUUCGGCUCCCCCACGGACCUGGCCCCCGCCGCCUGCGACCCCACCUCAAUGGAGGAGAUUCAGGUGGAGCUGCAAUGCGCUGAUCUUUGGAAGCGCUUCCACGAAAUUGGCACGGAGAUGAUCAUCACCAAGGCGGGAAGGCGCAUGUUUCCUGCAAUGAGAGUGAAGAUUGUGGGUCUGGACCCCCACCAGCAGUAUUACAUAGCCAUGGACAUUGUACCUGUGGACAACAAGAGAUACAGGUAUGUGUACCACAGCUCUAAGUGGAUGGUGGCGGGAAACGCAGACUCCCCUGUGCCCCCACGGGCCUACAUCCACCCGGACUCUCUGGCCUCUGGAGACACCUGGAUGAGGCAGGUGGUCAGCUUUGACAAGCUUAAACUCACCAACAACGAGCUGGACGACCAGGGACACAUCAUCCUCCACUCCAUGCAUAAGUACCAGCCCCGGGUCCAUGUGAUUAGGAAGGACUGCAGUGGGGAGCUGUCCCCCACCAAGGCUGUUCCCGGCGGGGAUGGGGUCAAGACCUUCAGCUUCCCAGAGACUGUCUUCACCACCGUCACGGCCUACCAGAACCAGCAGAUCACCAGACUAAAGAUUGACCGCAACCCGUUCGCUAAAGGAUUCAGAGACUCCGGCAGAAACAGGACUGGUUUGGAGGCAAUCAUGGAGACAUAUGCCUUUUGGAGGCCUCCAGUGAGAACACUCACCUUUGAGGACUUCACUAACAUGCAGAAGCAGCAAGGGGGAAGCACCGGUACCUCUCCUACCACCUCCAGCACAGGAACCCCCUCUCCCUCCGGAGCUGCCCACCUCCUUUCCCCCUCCUGCUCCCCCCCCACCUUCCACCUGGCCCCCAACACCUUCAAUGUGGGCUGCAGGGAGAGCCAGCUGUGCAACCUGGGCCUGUCUGAGUACCCGGCCUGCGCCCGCAGCAACAUGGCCGCCCUGCAGGGGUACGGUGGCCUUGCCGACAGCUCCUACGGACGCCUCCAGGCCGCAGGGGGCAGCGUGGCGUCGGGUCAGCCCUCCGAGUCCUUCCUGCCCCAGAGGACUUCCUCUCUCAUAGCUGCGGGCAUGCAGGGUGGUGCUCACGCCUCAUUGGCUGGCGGCAGCGGUGGCGGCGGCGGGGGAAAAAUGGAUGGCUAUGGCGGGCAGCUGACCUCCUUCCCGGCUUCCCAGCUACAGUAUGUGAUGCAGGCAGGGGCUAGCUCCGCCUCCGGCUCCUCCACCACCUCCGGCUCCUCCCCCUCCUCCGCCCACAUGUUCAGCGGCGGCCAUCACCACGUGCAGCAGGGCUCCUACAAUGCCUUCUCCCUGCACAACCCCUACAACUUAUACGGAUACAACUUCCCCAGCUCCCCCCGCCUGGGGGCCAGCCCGGAGAAGCCCCAGGGCGGCCUGCUGUGCUCCUCCUCUCCCGCCGGGGCCUUCUCGGAGCGCCAGUACCUAUCCAACGGAGGCAUGGAGGGCAUGCAUAUGAUCGGCAAUCCCAACCCAGGCCAACAGGGCGGCGCCUCCUGUGAUGGCCGCCAGUAUGGCUCCUCCUCUCAGAUGUCUAUGCAUAUGGUGUAAAACUGGGGCCCCUUCCUCGGACACCUGUUCUGACACUGUCCCCACAUUAAAAAACCCUCCGUUCUGAAGUCUAUCUGUAAUCCCUGACAAGCUUAAAGACAUUGUUACCGUGUUACCGUGUAUGUUUUUAUGGAGUGUUGUUUGUGUUACUGAGCAGCAGAGUGAACCUUUCAAAAAAGGACCUUUUAAUGUCAUGAUGUGUUUGCUUAAAAUUUCACUCCAAAGGCUUAAACAAAGUAGGGACGCUAUUAUUUAAUUCUCCAACUGAUGAAUAUGGUGUAAAUAAAGUGAGUUGGGAGAAAGAAUCCCCCCCCCCCCCCCCCC